AAGUAAAUAGCUUUUUUGCUUGCAGCCAAGAUACAUUUUUCAAGGGGGAAAACAGAUUUCUGUAGCAAGGAGGGAGGUAGAGAGCGUGCGCGAGAUAUUUGAACAUACAUUGCUUCAAGAAUACAAAAAGUUACAACCCGGGGAAGCCUUCGUGUAGCUUUAGGGAAAUGAGCAGCGGCACUCCCCCGCCAAUCUGUCCUUUCCAGUCAAUGAAAGACAUAGGGUUUGAGUUCCUUCCGAAAUGGGGCUGGCUGCUUUAGCCCCUCCCACGAGCCCGAGGGUCUGUUAUAUCUCUGUUCCUUGAAUACCUCUCUCACUGAGACGACCACAGCAAGCAGAGGCUGAAAAAAAAGCAAAGAGGAAGAAAACAAAAGCUGCCAAUUAUGGAAGAUAGAAAGGAUUCUGAACUGAAGAGAUUUUGUUCCAGAAAUCUACUGGUCAUCCUUGGCUUCUCCUUUAUCCUGGCUGUGGUUGCUUUGCUUGCUGUGGGGUUGACCCAGAAUAAAUCAUUGCCAGAAAAUCUUAAGUAUGGGAUUGUACUGGAUGCGGGCUCUUCUCACACGAGUUUAUACAUCUAUACGUGGCCAGCAGAAAAGGAGAAUGACACAGGGGUGGUGCAUCAGAUAGAAGAAUGCAAGGUAAAAGGUCCUGGAAUCUCAAAAUAUGCUCAAAAAGUAAAUGACAUAGACCUUUAUCUGGCUGCAUGCAUGGGAAGAGCCAGGGAAGUGGUUCCACAGUCCCAGCACCAAGAGACACCUGUUUACCUGGGAGCCACGGCAGGCAUGCGGUUGCUCAGGAUAGAAAACGAACCAUUGGCAAACAGGGUCCUGAAUACGGUGGUGAAGAGCCUUAGCAGGUACCCCUUUGACUUCCAGGGUGCCAGAAUCAUCACUGGCCAAGAAGAAGGCGCCUAUGGCUGGAUUACUAUCAACUAUCUUCUGGGCAAAUUCACUCAGAAAUUGCGAUGGCUCAACCUGAUGCCAAAGGGAGACGAUACUCAGGGAACCUAUGGAGCUUUAGACCUUGGGGGAGCCUCUACACAAAUCACUUUUGUGCCCCAAAACAAGAGCAUUGAGUCUCCAGACAAUGCUCUGCACUUUCGCCUGUAUGGCAAGGACUACAGUAUAUACACACACAGCUUCUUGUGCUAUGGGAAGGAUCAAGCACUCAUGCAGAAACUGGCCAAGGACAUUCAGGGUACAAAUGGAACCCUCAGGGACCCAUGUUUUCAUCCUGGAUAUGAGAAGGUAAUGAACAUAAGUGACCUUUACAAGAGCCCCUGUACCAAGAGAUUUGAGACAACUCUUCCGUUUCAUCAGUUUCAAAUCCAGGGCACUGGAAACUAUCAACAAUGCCAACAAAGCAUCCUUCAACUCUUCAACACUAGUUACUGUCCUUACUCUCGAUGUUCCUUUGAUGGGGUUUUCUUGCCACCACUUGAAGGGGAUUUUGGGGCAUUUUCAGCUUUUUACUAUGUGAUGGAGUUUUUAAACUUUACAUCGGGGGAAACUCCCUCCCAGGAAAAGGUGAUGGACAAGAUGAAGGAGUUCUGCUCUCUGCGCUGGGAAGAGCUGAAGACAAAUUUUGGUGCAGUGAAGGAGAAGUACCUGAGUGAAUAUUGCUUUUCUGGCACCUACAUCCUCUCUCUCCUUCUGAACGGCUAUCAUUUCACAGCUGAUUCCUGGAAGCAUAUUCAUUUCAUGGGCAAGAUCAGGAGCAGCGACGUCGGGUGGACUUUGGGCUACAUGCUAAACCUGACCAACAUGAUCCCAGCUGAGCAGCCGUCGUCUACACCUCUUCCCCACUCCACCUAUAUCUUCCUCAUGGUCCUCUUCUCCCUGAUCCUGGUCAUAGUGAUUGUCAUAGCCAUGUCUGUCUUUCGCAAGCCUUCGUAUUUCUGGAAAGACACAGUAUAGCAGGAGCAACUGAAAUCUGCUGGCUGGAGUGAGAAAAAAACUUCCAGGGAGCACGUUCCUCCACAGUGGUGUACAAGAUCAUCCUUCCUUGCUCACCAAGGCCUGUCUUGACCAGCAUGAAGCUUCCUUGGCUUUUGCUGAAGCCUCUCAUGGGAGGUAUUCGCCACCUUCUGCCUCAAGGCCUUUCUGGCAGACACUGUCUCUUUUGUGAGUCUUUCUCAACUCCCCUCUCUUUUGUACUGUGUGCUUGUGUAGGUCUUAAAGACCUGCCACCUUUCAUGAUCUUUGCUUUAUAAAAGAACAAGAGUGACUUUGUCCAGAAGAACUGAGAGUCCUGAGUCCUGUGCUGGAAGUUGCGCUGGCUAAAAGCAUCAUCUCAGGAACUGUUCUGUUUGUAUUCUUACAGACCCUUUCUCUCUCCUGUUUCCUAUUAUUAAGAAAGCCAUACAAUGCCUUUGGAGAGGGCAGACACACAUCCAAUUCCCAGCCUGCCCUUUGUAUGAGAGAAUUUUCUAGACUAGGCAAAUAUGUGCUAGGGCCAAAGAGUCUUGCAAGGGAAUUUAUGUGCUUGUGCAGUUAAUAUAAUACUUAAGCCAAUCCAAAACAGGGAUGUGGAUGAGUGACAUAUUCCUUGGUGAUAUCAACAUGCUACAGAGUGGAACACCCAGACCAGAGAAAAGCUGAUGUACAUACAGGCAUUCAGAUAUCAGGGCAUACUACAUGGUAGGUGUAUACAUGUCAGGAAGAAAAAUACAGCUACAAACAGGGUUGGGAAAAUGCAUUCUCUGAUGCAUCUAUUGGGGUUUUACUUUUAUUGUGGUAAAAUGUGUACAGCAUAAAAUUCACCAUUUUAACAUGUACAAUUUGGUGGCAUUUAGUACAUUCACAAAGUCAUGCAAUCAUCACCGCUAUCUAAUUUCAGAAUACUUUCAUCACCAAGAAAUUGGCUGGAGACAAGACCAUCCCUGGGUAGGCCUGAACCACCAGCCUUUCAGUUAAUAGCCAAACAUGCUAACCAAUUGCACCACAAGGAUGCUCACUGAGUUUUAAAGCCAUGCCAUAUGUUAUUGUCCCAGGGUUUGAUUUGGUGAGAGCUGCAUUAAUGUAGAGUGGCAUGCCUGUUCGUUGUCAUGGUGUUUACACAUCAAAAUGUGCCAGAAGCCAGAUCUUAAAGUGUUGUUGGCCACCCCUGUCACACAAGUAUGGGCUCUAUUUACUUCCUCCAUGGAAUAUUUUAUGGGAGAAGCAGCAGCUACGGAGCUCGUCACAGAAACAUUAAGAGACCCUGUGCCUUCUUCCUUUAGGGACUGUUGUUAAGAGUUGCCUGUUGAGAGGAUGCAGUGGUGAUGUGUCUGACCUUGUCCCAGGCUCUUCAUCUCUGGAUCUGGGAACUGACUGUUGAGCUGCUGCAGAGUGGAGGGGAAGGAAAACCUCUUCCACAAAAUAGCAGCCAAAUGUCCCUAUAUCUCUUGAACAAUCAAGUCAUUUUUGACAACAUCCAGGUGACUAUAAGCUGAAUAAAGCUGUGGACAGAAACUUUUUUUCUGCUACUCACAACUGAACUUGCUGUACCUCGAUUAGGAAUGAGAAGCCAAAUUAGGACACAGUUAAACUCUCUUAGUGGUAGUUGGUUCUAUCAUUAUAGCUAGUAUUUACUGAGCAUUUGUUGUAAACCAUGCUCUGCGCUCAACUGCAUUACAUUCAUUUUCUCAUUUAAUCCUCACAAUACUCAGAAGGGUAGCUACUAGCACUCCCACUUCCUAGAAACAGAAACUGAGGCUCGGAGAGGUUAAGUCCCUUGCCUAAAUGGCUUGGCUAAAGCCUGGCAUGCACUUCACCAUUAUUUUCUCUCCCAAAUAUACUAGACUGUCUCCAUAUGACUUCUAAGCACACACGUAACUCUGCGUGAAUACAGGGCUUAUGGGCAUGACCUGUUCCCUGAUGGACUUGAGAUGUAACAGUGCUUUAAGUCCACAAAGGCCGUCAUGGCAACAUCAAGAUUCUGUUCAUGUAUUUUGCAUUGUAACAUAUGUGGCAUAUGAUGCUAAUCAAUGAUUCCCAUACUCCUGGCUUCUUAAUUACACUGCUUGCUUACUGCACAGCAGUUAAGCAUCAAAUAAACAGUAGUUGAUGAUAAUGAUGAAAAUAAAAGGUCUAUUUAUUAAUAGAGCCAAUAGCAGCCCCUUUAAUCCUUAUGUCUGCAUAUACAAAAGACUGUCAUGCACAUUAUUCUGAUCCUAAAUCAAACCCCAAGGGUGUAAGUGUUAUUUCCAUACACAAACUAGUACAUGGCAGAGUGGAUACUCAAAACCCAUGUCUUCUGCUCCAAGUUUACUGCUCAUUCUUUUCUAAACACUGCCCCUCAGCAAGUUGGAAUUAGAAUUCACAAGUUUCCUUCAGUAAACACUGAAAUAUUUUCUUAUUCCAUUUCUGUCUUGUUGCCUGGGUCCAAAAAAAAAAAAACCCUUUAAGGUAUUCGGGAGCCAAACUCCACUUGUUAAAAAAUCUCAAAUCAUGGAGCCGAUCAGCAGGCACAACCUAAUCUCAUUUCUGUUGGAGGGAAAGUUAGUUUUGAGGCAGAUCUGAGAAUCUGCUUUGGGCCAGUCUGGAUGAGGAAAACCAAAUAAAAUGGAUCACUAUCAGCUAAUUUUAAUAUUGGCUUGGCCACUGGUUAUAAGUGAUUACAGUUACCUCCUGGACUUUCACCCAAACUUGGUUCUGGUGAUCACAUUCCUUUAGGUGGUGGGAAACUUUUUUUAUGAACUCAUGGGGCAAAAAUUAGAAGCUGUUACUUCUGUAGAUCAAAGAAUUAAGUUACUUAAUUAGGCUGUGUAUGUAUGUGUGUGUGUGUGUGUGUGUGUGUGACAGAGAGAGAGAGAAAUACAAAAGUUUCACCUUACCUAAUUCUUAAAUUAAUAAGAAAUAUAAAAUGCAAUAUGAAUAAAAGUUUUUAAAAAGUAUACUUCAUUUUGAUUUGUAUCGAUCAAGAUCUCUAUAAGAAAAACAUGGCACAAGCAUACUGGAUAACAAGGGGGGUUUUAAUAAAGUGACUAUAUCCAAAAUAUUAUCAUUUCAACACAUAAUAUAAAAAUAUUAAUGAGAUAUUUGUUUUUCCAUAUUAAGUUUUUGAAAUCUAUUGCGUGUAUUACAUUUACAGCACAUCUUAAUCAGGACUAGCUACAUUUCAAGUGCUCAACAGCUGUGUGUGACAAGUGGCCACCCUAUUGGACAACACAUGUCUAAAAAUACAUUCAAAGCUAAAAAGAGAUCGGCAAUAAUCCUUUAUCUUUCUCUUAAGGAGGGGAUUUCCUUUUAACAGAGAUACUAAAACGUUCUUGACAGUAUUUAUUAUAUAUGAAGUUUAACAUUAUUUUUAAACAAGCUUUUAAGAGCCAAGCUCAGAAUUUCACUUUAUUCUUCAGGUUUUGUUGCCUUUUUUGUGAAGGCAGAGAUCCCUGUUAU